AUGGCUAUGAGGGCGAAUCAGCACCUCAGCAUGCGGCUGGCCUGGUACGCGGGGGCCUCGACGGCCCUCGCCGUUUCCGUUGUCAUAUCCGCCUUCCACCAGCGUGCCAACUUCUACUCUGCCAUGGUCUACCUUGCCCAGAGCAACUUCUGUUUGUUGGCACUCAUCAACUUCAUCUAUAUAGUCUACGGUGCUUUCAUGUUUGGUCUUCAACGAGUCUGUUUUGGCCGCCUACGGGCCGUCGAGGUCGACCAACUCUCCGACCGGGCCUGGGUGGCCAUUACCGAGACAUGCUUGGCCAUGACAAUAUUCCGGGAGGAGAUUGGAGCUUGGUUCCUCGUCAUGUUUACCUCCCUCGUCACGGGCAAGGUGUGGGGCUGGAUUGGCGAUGGUCGUCUUGAGAUCCUUGAGCAGCAACCUCCCGCGAACCCCCGCCUCUUCCACACCAGGUUGACCGUUUCCCUUUUGAUGAGUACCAUCUACGAUUUGUGGCUGCUACGGUACUGUAUCAGCACCGUUAUCCAACAGGCCCGCCCCAAUAUGAUGGUCAUGUUCCUAUUCGAAUUUGCCGUCUUGUCCGCGUCUUCCCUGCGCACAAAUGCCCGCUACGCCCUCGCCCUUGUCGAUGCCAAGAUUGUCGCAAACCAGACCAAGCAGAGGCUCGCUGAGCGCCGCCAAGAAGUGCGGGAGCAGAGGGAUCAGAUGCUGCGCGAACGCGAGGCCGCCGAAGCCGAAGGCCGCGAGCACACCAUAUCCGAGCACGACAUUCCCAAUCCCGACGAUAUCGAGGAGAUGGACAUCGAAGUCCCUGGCUGGGAGGCCAAGGGUCAGUGGGUCCUAUCCCUCGAGCUGUUUACCGACUUUAUCAAGCUCGCCAUUUACGUCGCCUUCUUUACCGUUCUUUUAAUGUUCUACGGCCUCCCCGUCCAUAUUAUGAGGGACGUCUAUAUCACCGCGAGCGCCUUCUUUAAGAGGCUCUCUGCCCUUCUCAAGUACCGCCGAGCCAUUCAGAGCAUGAGCAAGUACGCAGACGCCACCGCCGAAGAUCUUGAUCGUGAAGACACUUGCAUCAUCUGCCGCGAAGAAAUGCGCCCCUGGAACCCUGAAGCAAACCCCGGUGCCGUCGAGCGGACCCGGCCCAAGAAACUCCCGUGCGGCCAUAUCCUCCAUUUCGGAUGCCUCAGAAGCUGGCUCGAGCGCCAGCAAGUGUGUCCCACGUGCCGAAGCCCGGUUGUGCUUGACGGACCGCCCCCUCGAAUCGCCGCCCUCGCGUCAUCCCAGGGGCGGGGGCCCAACCUCAGCCACCGCAACAGCCCGGCCAAGGCCAACUCAACGACCAGCAGCGCCAUGUCCCGGCGCCGUUUCAAAGACCCGGCCAAGAUGACCACGGUGCCGACCCUCAGAACAACGACGCCGGCCCCCAGGACCACGACGAGCCUCAACCCGCUCCCCACGACACCGGAUCAGGAGCUCGAUGCGUUCUUGAAUGGCGAAAUGGGCGGCGCCUCCCCGGCCGCUUCUACGUCGAUCCUCUCGCCCGCCUUUGAUAACCUCGUCAACCGGGAAAUCGCCUCGCUCAGCAGCCUCCAGCACAUGCAGCACGAGCUCCAAACCGCGUCCCUUCUCCUCGGCGAGCUCGUACGCCUGCGCCAGCUCCGUGCUGCUACUUCUAACACCACCACCACCACCACUACUACCCAUACCGCUACGGAGCACCCAGCUCCCGGCCACGCCUCCCUCAACCCAGCCUCAAUCCCAACCUACCCUCCUCCGCAUGUCACGACUCAACCGAACACGCCCUCCUCUCAAGUCCCACCUCCUAUCCAGCAUACCCGAACGCCGCCUCCUCCUCACGCGUUCAGUCCGUACCCACCACCCCCUUCCAUCUCUCACCUCCCAUCGCCCUACCCUUACCGGCCGUCCAGCUCUAUGCUAUCCCGGUACGGCGCCUCGCCCAGUACGACCGCCAUCCCCGCCGGUAGCUCCGAGCUCCCCGAGGGUGUCGUGCUGCCCCCGGGCUGGUCUCUCUUGCCCCUUCAGCCACCGAAUCCGGUUAUGCCAAACUGGGGCGGCCCAUCCCAGCUCUUUUCUAACCAGGCACGCCUUUCGUCCAACUCGACGCCGGACGUACCCGAAGCUGAGGAACGGUCGGAGGAAGAAGAGUCGGAAGACGACUCGGAUGAAAACGGCGAAGAGGAGGAUGAAGAAGAAAAUGGCGAGGGGCAAGACUCGGACCGUCGUGAGCCGGCCCGGCCAGCUCCCGAAAGUGACGAGGGAGAACAGGCGGACGGUCCCGCCCCGCCAAACGGGAAGGGAAGGGCCGUAACGAUGGAGGAGGUUUCAUCAUCAGAUGACGACAGCGACGAGUAG